CAGCUGCUGAGUUCCAGGUUUGUAUGCGUUCCUUUCGAUGACCAGGCAUUCAAAGCGAAACACGUCGCUUGCUUUCUUCACAGCCUAUGAACGCCAAUUGCUGGAGUACGGCACGAAGCGGAGGCGCCUGGGCAAAGAAUCCUUCAGGGAGUACGAUGCUUGCCAUUUAUGCCUCGCAAGAGCUCGCGACCCCGUUACCUGCCCUGACGAGGGCCAUCUGUUUUGUCGAGAAUGUAUCCUUGAAAGUCUCCUUGCUCAACGAAAGGAGGUGAAGCGCUUGCAGAAGGAGUUUCAGAAGCGACUGCAAGAGCACGAGGCAAAGGAGAAACUCGACAACGACGAGGCGCAACAACGGACUGUAGAGGAGUUUGAGCUUGUCCAAGCAGGUCUUGCAGUGGCAGCAGGGGCUACGAAGGACGGAAGCAAUCCUGCACCCUUACGUGCAAGUGAGCCUAACCAUUCGAAGAAAAGACCCUUCAAGCUGGACGAGGAGGAUAUGCUUAAAGCUGCAGUGGCGGAACGAGAAUCCCAUAAGAAAGCUUUUUUGGAGGAGAAGGCAGCUCUGGCAAAGUCCGAACUUCGAUCGUAUUGGCUUCCAAGCCUGACGCCUGGCCUUGAAUCAAAUUCGGAUACCUCCUCCGGGCGAAUGCCGAAACUGAACCCCAUAUGUCCCGCAUCUGGUAUAGACAGUACACAUGAGUUGACCCUGAAAUCAUUGGUGACUGUUGAAUUCUCUGAGGACAAAAACACGAUGACGGGACAGGGCGAGCCGCAAAGAAUAUGUCCUUCUUGCAAAAAGGGCUUGAGCAAUGGGUUGUCCGGAUAUCUCGCUAUAGGGUGCGGCCAUGUUUGUUGCAAAGGAUGUGUGGAGAAAUUUAUCCGUGAAUCUGGGCAGUGCUUCGUUUGCGGAGAUUUCUUCAAGAACGAGAAGGGUCAAGGAGGGUUAAUCGAGAUGAAGGGGGAAGGAACGAGUUAUGCUGCGAAAGGCAAUGCACUGGCCGUAUCUAAGGGUGUGGCAUUCCAAGGUGGGUAGAUUCAUUUGGACUUCUCCCUGUAAAUCUUCGAUCCAAGACCCCAAAAGCCUGCCUUCUUUCCCCAAUUAUCCACUGUGCCCC